CAAGCGACAGAGGCCAGGUGUGGUGUGCAUUGGUGUGGUGUGCAUUGCAUGCAUAAAAGGUUGUUGGUACCCAGCAUUUUUGGAAUUUGCAAAAUACUUUUCGCCGCAUGUCAACUUCGCAUGGUCCACACGCACGCAUCACGCUGCCUUUCUUUGCAGAUCACGCAUCACGCUGCUGCCUUCUUUGCAGAUUACACGUUGAGACUAACCUCACGGGCCCCACUUCGCAGGCGUGCAGCGGGUAGAGAACGGGCAGCAGCGGCCAGAGCCGCGGCCAGAGAUGCCGAGAGGGCCAGGCGAGAGAGGGAGGCUAAUGUGAAGCGGAGAGAUCUUGCGGAGUUUCACGCUGCUAGGCCGCUGGAAAAGUUGGGUUGGGCCAGAUUAGAGAUGCAAACGAAUUUCCAGCAGCCCAUGACCGCCCGGAGGAUGCACGUGUGCACAGUGUGCUCUGAACGUUGGGACACCGCAGAGGACGGACCAGGGGACGGACCAGGGGACGGAGGUGCCGUCUACAGUUGUCCGCGGUGCAAGAAGGACAAGAAGAGUCCGAAGCUGUUCUCCGCCGACAACACCAUGGAUCCUGGGAGCGUACCCGUCGAGCUCCAGGGCCUGACCCAGACGGAGGAGAUGCUCAUCGCGCGGUGCUGUCCGAUCAUGCGCGUCCUCCACCUCAAGGGUGGGCAGCUAGGGUACGGUGGCCAUGUCGUCAACGUCGCUCAGGACAUCAGUACCUUAGCCGCUGCCCUCCCCAGGUUGGCCGCCGAUGUACCGAUCAUCAUCAUCCGGAGGGAGGGGCAGGAACCCGGCCAGCACAAGGACCUACACGUGCGGAGGGCUCGCGUGCAACGGGCUUUGCAAUGGCUCAUUGCCAACAACCCGUACUACCGCGACAUCGUCCUUGACAACACGGCCCUAUCCCAGCUCCCCGUCGACGGGCAACUACGUGGACUGCGAACCACCGUCAGCGGGGGAGACUCGGAGCGUGACCUUGGCCCUCGGGGGGAGGGGGGAGGGGAGGAGGACGGCGAUACCCCCGAGGACACGGAGUCCUUUAUGGCUCCGGCAGGCAAGAGCAUGCUCGAGGACCGCGCGAUUGAAGCAGCCCUGCGGAGGCAGGUGAGGGAGAGCGGGGCGGAUGUUCCGGUCAACGCCUGGCCUGGGAUGGAGGCGACCGCCCUGAACGAGUUCAAGACAACAGGCCUCGCGUCCAUGGCCUUCCCCGCCCUCUUCCCAUGGGGGAAGGGAGACCCCACCGACCCGGCACGGUCCAGGAGCGUCAAGCCCACCGACGGCAUGAGACACCUUCUCAAAUUCUUCCGGGACGGUCGCUACCGCUUUGCAUCUCACCCCCGUUUUCCUCACUGGUGCCAGAACAUGCUCGAACGCCACAGGAUGCUCAGCCAGGCGCAGGUCUACCUCAAGCAAAACCCAGGGGACGCCGCCAUGACGAUAGAGCACAUGAGGCAUCUGUUCCGGUCGGGUUCGCCGCUGGCGCAGCAGCUCACACAGCGCAUGUGCCGGUACGGCGCCAACAUCACCGGGUCUAGGCCGUACUGGUACGCCAAGCAGCAGGAGCUCCAGGCGAUUUUUGCCACCAAGGGCUGCGCUACUCUCUUCUUCACGCUCUCUGCCGCCGACACCCACUGGGACGGCCUCUUCGACCUGAUGCCACCAGGGUACCAGGACUCCCCAGCGGGCAAACGGAGGGCCCUCAUUGAAAACCCGCAUAUCGCCGACACCUACUUCGGCAACAGGGCGGACGCUUUCACCUCCGCCUUUUUCGGCGGUGUACUCCAAGCCCAGUCGCUGUGGUACAGGCUUGAGUACCAGGGGAGGGGUAGCACGCACGCGCACGGAUGUGCCUGGCUCCAAGACGAUCCCGGUAUCGUCAACCUCGUCUGCAAAGCGUACGCUGGGAGGAAGGCGGCCGAACGGAUGGAGGCGGCCGAGGGCCUGGCCGCCGGACAGGGGGGGAUCGGCGACGAGGAAGAACGCCAGGCUCUGGAGCGAGCCGUCGCCGACGGCAAAACAGCGGACGACAAGGUUUGCAGAUACGCCGAUUGGCUCAUCUGCACCGUCAACACUCGGUCUACGGAGGAGCGCGCCGCCCAUCCGGGGGGAGUGCCAGACCCUCACCCAUGCUCCGUCAACCCCUUCAAGCACGGGCCUGUCAGCGACGAGGCCACAGGCCGUGCCGACAUCGACGGACUCAUCAACUGCUGCCAGCGCCACGUUUGCCGUCCUGAAGGGUACUGCAAGCGCGCUGGGCGGCAGGGGUGUCGCUUCGGCUUCCCGCACGAGUGUCAACCCGAGACCUCCUUGCAGUUCGAGGAGAUGGACAACGGCUCCGUGAGAGCCACCAUCAAAACCAAGCGCAACGACGGCAAUCUCAACAGCUACUGCCGCCUUGCUCUCUCUCAUUGGCGGGCGAACAUCGACUUCCAACUCAUCUUGGACUGGGACCAGGCGGUGCGGUACAUGGUGAAGUAUGUGAGCAAAGGAGAGAAGCGGUCGCCCGCCGCCGCCGACGUCUUCGCCCGGGCCAUCGGUCGCGCGGACGAUGACGCUGACGAGGCGCAAACAGUCCUGCGAAGCGUGUUCCUCAAGUGUACGGGCGAGCGCGACAUUUCCGCCCAGGAGACGGCACGGCUGCUCCUCGGGAACAAGCUGUGCUCUUCUUCUUUCAGCUUCGUACGCCUCGUCGUCGACCCUUCCACCAGCACACGCCAGGUUAACCUCGACGGUGCGGCGGGGGAGGGCGCCCUCAAGAAAUCCAUGCGGGACCUCUACGCCGGCCGGCGCAGCGUCAUCGACAAGUACCCAUCCAUCAUGGAUGUUAGCUACUUCCAGUUCCACCAGCUGUACACUCGAGACCGGGGGGGGGGGGUCACGGCGAGAGACGGCGCGGGCAGCCUCGUCGUCAUCAAGCUGCCUGCCCUGCCGUGCUCUCCGGGGAGCGCGCGGCAUCUUGAGGCCUGCCGCAACAACCUCUUCGCCCACAGGCCAUGGGAGGAUGAGCCGACAACAGCCUGCCGCGACAUGGGGGCAGUCACGGACCUGGAUGCCUCAGCCUCCAUCUCCGGAGAGGAACCCAAGCUCGCCCUGCUGUGGGACGCCUUCGUCCAAGCCAACCAAGACCUGCCCGAGCUGCGCUUCGGCGACAUGCUGGCAGGGCGGCUGUCUCUUGCCCGCCGAGAGGCCGCGUCCACGGCCGAAGACGACGACGACGACGGCUUGCUCUUAGACCAGCCCGACGAUUGGAUGGAUGGGGCCAACAUGCGGCGAAGAGGCGCCGCCAGGGAAGAACAGGAGGUUGACACAAGGUGGGACGCUGAAUACAACUGGGCCGGCGCCCGAGCGACUGAGGUCCAACAUGAGCUGGAGAGAGGGCCAACGUGGAUUGCGAACGCCAAGAAAGCUGCAGCCGGCACUGGCCCCGCCACCGAGAUUCCUCAUGUGGCUCCGGACUCUCUCAAUGAGCGGCAACGCAAUUGCUACGACGUCGUCAGGGACCACUUCGAGAACGAGCGCGAGGAGCCACUGCGCAUGAUGGUUCUCGGGACGGCAGGCACGGGGAAAUCAUACCUCGUGUAUGCCCUCUCCAGGCUGCUCGGCGGCUUCCUUCGACGGGCAGCUCCAACCGGUAUGGCGGCCUUCCUCAUCGCCGGCAGCACGCUGCACAGCCUCCUCCGACUGCCGGUGAGGCAAGGAAGGAAUCUCCAGGGUCAAAGCCUCAAAGCCCUGCAGAAUUCCCUUACUGGCGUCAAGUACAUCAUCAUCGACGAGCUAUCGAUGGUCAGCCAGUCCCAGAUGGCGUGGGUCGAUCGACGUCUGCGACAAGGGACAGCUGUAGACAAACCCUUCGGCGGAAUCUCCCUGAUCAUGACCGGCGAUCUGGGCCAGCUGCAACCGGUGGGAGGAACUCCGCUGUACAAGCAAAACCCAGCUGCCGCGCUCAACGUUGAAGGCUAUGCCGCCUACAGCCUCUUCCAGGACGUCUUCAUCCUUGACAGAGUUCAGCGGCAGACGGCAGCCGCCGCCAACGACGACGACCAGAGAGGCUUCAUCGAACUGCUGCCGCGUGCGCGUGAUGGACAGCUUUGCGACGAGGACUGGGACCUCCUCCUGAAGAGACAGCCCAACCGCCUGACCGCCGCUGAGAAAGCGGCUUUCGAGGACGCAACGAGGCUCUUCUACUCCAAGAAAGAGGUCAACAAGUACAACGGCAAGAAACUCCGGGAGCUGGACAACCCCGUCGCUCGUGUUAGCGCCGUCCACACGGGCGCGAACGCCAGGAGGGCGACAGCAGACACCGCGGAGGGGCUCGAGAGGGACCUCUACUUAGCCAAGGGAGCGAAGGUUAUGCUCUCGAAGAACCUGUACCAACAAGUUGGGCUGGUGAACGGCAUUAGAGGCGAAGUCGUCGAGUUGGUGUGCGCAGAUGAUGCGCCCCCGCCGAAGCUCCCCCUUUACGUUGUCGUCAAGUUUGAAGGGUACUCGGGGGGGGAAUGGUCGUCUCAGGAGAGGUAUAGACGUUGUGUCCCUAUUUCUCCCGUCGACACCACCUGGCAGGACGGGGGGACGCAGGUCAGGACGCAGCUGCCCCUUAGGCUCUGCUGGGCAAUUACGAUGCACAAGUCCCAGGGGCAGACUUUAGCCAAGGCCGUCAUUGACUUGGGGCCCAAGGAGGCCUGCACGGGGCUUACUUUCGUCUGUCUCAGUAGGGCGAAGAGACUUGUGGACCUCAUGGUAGAGCCCAUGAGUUUCGACAGGAUUGGUAACCUUGGAAAUUCGCCGACGAUGAAGGCUAGGCUGCAGGAAGAGGUUAGACUUGGGGAGUUAGCACAGAGUACGAGGGUCAAGUACACGGACAUGGGCGUCUUCAGCGCCGUCGCGGGUAACCAAUGACGUGAAUUGCAAAGAGAAAAAGAAGAAGAAAGGGUCUCUUCCACCUCCCGCGGACGCACACGUCUGACGACAGUUACAUCUAUCAGCUGUCGCUCGUUUUAGCGACAGCUACUA